CCUCUGGGGUUAAGUAGAAUCAGUUUGCCUGAAGCACUGUGGAGGAAGGGAGGAGGGAACAGGCCACAGUUAGUAGGAGGCGGGAGGCCACGGUGGGGCUCCUGCACUGCUAAAGAAGGAGACGAAGGAGUCGCCGGGAAGCGGGGAAAGAGGAGGAGAUGGCCACGGGAGAAAUCACAACACUUCCCUCCACACCUGAAGACGGCGGCAGCGGUGGCUUUCCUCCUGGGAGCUUCAAGGAUCCCAAAAGGCUGUAUUGCAAAAACGGGGGCUACUUCUUGAGGAUAAAGUCUGACGGGGGAGUGGAUGGAAUCCGGGAGAAGAACGACCCCCACAUAAAACUUCAGCUCCAGGCGACCUCAGUGGGAGAGGUGGUCAUCAAAGGAGUCUAUGCUAACCGCUAUCUGGCGAUGAACAGAGACGGACGACUGUUUGGGGCGAGACGAGCAACAGAUGAAUGCUAUUUCUUGGAGCGACUUGAGAGCAACAACUACAACACCUAUCGCUCCAGGAAGUACCCAAACAUGUACGUGGCGCUGAAGCGGACAGGCCAGUACAAGUCUGGGAACAAGACUGGACCGGGUCAGAAGGCCAUUCUCUUUCUUCCAAUGUCCGCCAAGUGCUAAUCUGGGAUCUGAUAGAGAAAUAGCA